AGUAACUAAAAGAUACAAGUACACGUAUGCUGCAUCAAUGAGGCGUCCUCAUAAAUAUACAUACCCAAGUAUAUACCAAUAAAUAAAACGACAGUCGUGUGAUGAGUACCUACCUAGGUAACUACCUAGGUAGGUAGGUAUAUAAUAGUCCGAGAAUCAACUUUCUCUAUACCUUUUAGGCGAUCUACCUCGCAUCUUAAACGUAUUGCAGAUCAAUAUGUCCACCAAUAAUCUGGUACUGCCACUUGUUGACCUGACCGGCUAUACCAGGCCAGGUUCUCCAGGAGACAAGGAAAGGGUUAUAGCACAGGUUUGCGAUGCCUGUCGUCAAUAUGGAUUCCUUCAAGUCAAAGGUCAUGGUGUGCCUCUAGGAGCUCAACAGAGCUUGCUUAAAAGUAUCGACAAAUUCUUCAAAUUGCCUGAAGAAGAGAAAAUCAAACUCUCAUUUCUACAAAACCCAUGCCGUCGUGGAUAUGAGGCUUCUGGAAUGUCAAUUCGAGAUGGCGAUGCUCUUCCUGACUCAAAAGAGGCCUUUUACGUCGGCCGUGAAGACUCAGUCGUUGAGCUCCCGGGAUUUUACGGUCCUAACGUCUGGCCUGAUUUGCCAAAUGAAGACUUUCGUGAUCCGGUCUGGGAGUAUUACAACAAGACAGAGCAGCUAGGAAGAACAAUCUGGGAGAUCCUACUUCAGGGUCUUGGACAUCCACCAAGUGUACUAAAUAAAUUCGCCCAGAGACCCAUGGUCAUGAUGAAGAUGAUCCGGUACCCGCCCGCAAGCGCAACACUCCCCAGUCAAUUUGGUGUCGGCGCUCACACAGACUUCGGCGGCAUAACCGCUCUGCUCCAGCAACCUGACCGAGAAGGCUUGGAAGUUUGGCAUGAGGAACAAGAGGCAUGGCUUCCGGUGCCAUCGAGGGAAGAUGUGUUUAUCAUUAACUGCGGCGAUAUAGUACAAAGAUGGUCAGGUGAUGUAUAUAAGAGCGCGAGACACCGUGUUAUCAACAAAGCCGAAGCAGAAAGGUUGUCAUGUGCUACGUUUUGGCAUGGCGAUGCGGGAGCGACUAACCCGCUCGACCCCCAAGAACCGGACGACGCAACUGUCGGUCAGCUCUUGGUGAAACGUUUUCGCAAUCAGUUUUCUCUUGGCAAGGUGUAGUGUAUUUUGUGGUUUGUCGUCUGUUGUUGAAGUAGAGUUAAUGAACUGCUUUAAAGUACUGUAUAUGGUACGAAUAUUUUAUGUUUGGCUCAGGAUUUCAGUUUUACAAUGUCACCAAAGG